AUGUUAGAUGAAAUUCAUAGACAAGAACGUGAAGAGAUGGAAAAGAAACUUCAAGCAAAAGAUGAAGUCAUUGAAGCAAAAGAUAAAAACAUUCAGAAAAGAAUACCACGUUCGGUACCAAAAGGAAAGGAAAAGAACUAUAAGUAUAUGAUUUACACUGAAGAGAUGGAAAAUGAAGAAGACAGAGAUAUGGUUAUGUUGCAUUUAGUCAGAAGAAACAACAAAAGCUUUUACGACUUAGCUAAGAUUUACAAAUCUGACAGAAAUUGGUUCUAUCGCGAAAACUUACCGAUUUCAAUGACACCGAAUGAAGAUGUUAAACAGAUAGUUCAAGAUACGUUACCUCAAACACACUAUGAUAUGAAAGGUUGUACAAUACUUACAUUCAAAGAAGAUUUGCCGCUACUGAAAGAAAAAAUAACAGAGUAUUUUGACAACUUCAAACAAGCAGAGUAG